AACGGGAUAAUCUAGUGGACUCGUGUUCGACAUCCCGCGACAAUCGACCAGGAAGAACACUCUCAGAUAUUUUUCGCCACCAAAAAGAUAUUUCCGAUUCCGAAAUACAAGCUGGUACGUGGCAGCUCCUCAAUUAUUCCCAAUUCCUGGACUCGCUAUCGCAAUGAUCUACGCAAUCGCAAACCACCACGCGUCCGUAAGCGAAUAAAUAGUCGACACGUACCCCCGACUGGCCAACCACUAAGAAUAGGACGCGUGUCCAGAUACUGUACUCACGGCGCCACUAUAUAUCAGCUCGCGGCCCUAGCUGCAUCUUGAAAGGGAGACGAAAUUCAGUCCGGAAUUUUUCGCGAUGAAUGCGAACCGGCGACUGAGACCGAACCCGCCGAGCGAGCGGUCCGACUCGGACGACAACGGGAUCCUGAAUGAGCGGAUACUCUUCCUCGUCUUCCAGUCCAUGGACUGGGACAUCCAAGCGCUCUCCUCGACCGCGUCGGUGAACCACAAGCUCCGGGCGAUCGUGAAGCGGCUGCUGUGGCGGGAGCUCUGCAAGUACCGCGCCCCGCGCAUGGCGGCGGCGCUGGGGAACUGUGCGCCCAACGGCCGGAUCGGCGGCGGAUGGCACACGCUCGCGAAGCUCAUGUUCUUCUGCGGCGGAUGCGAGCCGACUCGGAAUUUCAAGGUGAGUCAACCCACCCCGGGUCACCUAGUCAAAUCGUCGCGAUUCUCAAAGACGUCGGGGCAGAGCUUCCUCACGAAGAAGUGCCGCGGCGAUCUGCUGUACGUCAGCGACCCCUGCGAGCAUCCGAUGGGGGAGAAGGAGGACGAUCUGGGGAUUUACAGAGGGGUAUUUAAGGGAUUUGACAAGUCGCGGACGAGGGCGUAUUUGAUUGGACGGCGGGUGAAGCUCGAGGAGCGGGUAAGGUGUCCUUAUUGCGGGGCCCCCGUUUGGAGCAUGACUACGGCUGGGCUCGUCCCGAAGAGCGCGGCGCGGCGGCUCGGCUCGCACCACGGCGCGUUGGAGUAUUUUGUUUGUGUGAGCGGGCACAUGCACGGCAUGUGCUGGCUCGUGCCGCUGUCGGACGAUGAGAAUGGAUUGAGCGAGAUGAACGGCUGUGAUGAUUCGGAUUUUGAUGAUGAUCAUUACGGUGGGGUCCGCAGAAUCAGCUACGACGAUCGGACGGCCACGAAUGGAAGCAUUGGGUCGAUGGGGGAGGAAGUUGUGGUGGACGGGCCCGCAAAGUGACAGCCUGUCAGUCUGUUGCUUUUUCGUAUUCCCGGUGAUUCGCACCCUUGCGGUGUCGUUUUGCUGAUGUGGAGAUUUUUUGUUAGGUGUGUGAUGAUGUGGAGGUUUGGAUAACAUUAAGUUAGGCUGACGUGUAAUUUCUUACUUGUUCGUUGGAAUUAUAUUUGUGGAAAGUAGUGAUGGGGGAAUAUGGGAUUUUGUAUCGCCACUUGGGUUUGUCGAUUCUAUCGACCACAAAUCGCAUAUUCCACAAGUUCAUGUUCUUUUGUUUCUUUCGUUGUACUGUUGAAUCCCCUUUGUUUAAUUUGUGGGUUUGAUAUUUAUUAGUAAAAACCUACUAUUGUGUAGUACACUACGCUCUUUUUUAUAUAAAAGCGAUGUCAGGAUUUCGAGCGUGAA